CUUGACGCCGGUGCCGAGUGGCCCACACUGAGUCCAAUCUCAAACAGAGAGGAGAGUAUCACCCCGGCGGGCAGUCGCGGAAGCCUCCUGGCUCGGAUAUUAUUUCAUUUUCUGGAUUUAAAAAAAAAGCCCAGCUACAUUCCAGGAUGCCUUCAAGUCAAAACGUCCAAGGAGGCAAAGCCUUCGGCCUGUUAAAGGAGCAGCAGAGGCAGAGGCUGGAAGAAAUAAACAAGGAAUACCUGGAAGACCAGAAAUACAGGGAUGAAGACGACCUCCCUGACAAAUUGGAAAGUUUAAAAAAUAAAUAUGCGGAGUUCGACCUGAACGACCAAGGCGAGAUCGAUCUGAUGGGUCUCAAGCGGAUGAUGGAGAAGCUGGGCGUGCCCAAGACCCACUUGGAGCUGAAGAAAAUGAUUGUGGAGGUGACGGGCGGCAGCAGCAACACCAUCAACUACAGGGACUUUGUCAAGAUGAUGCUGGGCAAGCGUUCGGCUGUGCUCAAACUAGUCUUGGUCUUUGAAGACAAAGCCAACGGCUCUCCCUGCAAACCAGAAGGCCCCCCUCCAAAGCGCGACAUCGCUAGCCUGCCUUAAGCGUAGAUGUCAGCCUCCGGACUGCCAAUGGAGCAGAGGGACCAUCAGUGGUAGCGCUGAACUGACCCCUUUUCGUGGAGUGUCGUAUUAGUGUGGGACCAGUGAUCGAGGAUGUUAUAUUGUGAAUAUAUGGUGUGUGGAAGGUGUUCGUAUUUUGGAAAACUGAGCCCACAUCCCACUAAAUAAUCUUUGACUGUGAAUAUUAUUCUUUUACCUUUAAUUUUAAUGUAGCUUUGAUAGUGGACAUGUAAUUGGCUUUAUAAAUUAAAUUUUGUACUAAAGGUUUCACUGUUAUAUUUUAAGGGAAGACCCAAUUUUUCAUUUUUAACAGUGAGAGCAGGAUGCUUUUAGGAGACGUUCACAAAAGGACCGUCUUUUCAUCACACUCAUGUCCUGCUUGGAUUCCUACUGAGCUAAUCUUGGUUAGGGUGUUGCUUUUGAUAAAAUGCCAGAGAUUACAGGCCCUGUCCUGCCCGUGAAAUCAUUUGGGUGAAGAAUAACAUGUUGUUGUCCGUGACCAAGGCUUUCAGUUUCAGUGUGUGGCUUGAGGACCAGCAAAUUGGGCUCAGUUUGUCUGUCAGGUUGAACACGUGGUCAUUUUGGAAGGAGUGUGAUUUACAGGCACAGCAGCAGAACAAAUGUACAUAAGAUGCUCCACACAGUACAAUCAUAUUCUUUCCAAGUGCCUCGACAUGCAGACACUGUAGAGCUUAAACACAGAGUGCACACAUGUUCAGAUCAAGCAGUCUUCUCAGCUUACUAAUUCCAGAAACCCGGGAUAUACUGUAUGUUCUUUGACUUUUGGUAAAGCGUUUGAAUGAUGUUUGUUGAUUUAUAUUGAUAUGGUGUUUAUUGUUUUCACAAUGCUGAGUAUGUGACUUCACACGUGGUGGAUUUUGAACUUCAGUUCAUGUUUGUUGUUUUACUUUUAUUUUUUAAUGCUUCACUUUAUGGAUUUAUACCCGUUUCCGGAUAUUUGUGCCUCAAGGUUUGUCUCUCUAGUUUUAAAAUUUCCUGUAACUCAUGCCAUUUACUGUGACUUUGGUAGUUUUAACACAUGUAAUAUGUUUUUAACUUUUUUUUUUCUGAUUAGGUGUAUUCCAUCUUUUAGUGUUGAGAUACACAUUGUUUGCAGACACCAAAGGAAUUAAAAUUGUCUUUACACUAACCUGUUAUUUUUGGUUUAUUGCAGUAACAAAGUAACAGGUGAAAGAUGGAAGAUUUGACCAACUGUUGAUGUAGAGUGGUUUUAGUGUGACAUAACUGUAACAUAAAUAUUUUCACUUCAGUAGUGAGAGCCAGUGUGUGUUCAGAACACGUUUCCACUUUUAUGUUUAUGUUGAGACAUGACGUGCUGCAUAGAGAGAUUAAAGUGUCAUUAACAAGCAGGUUCCGUACAUAUAUACAUCACUGUGCAGGACCCAAACAUCUCACUUCCUGGAAAAAGGUCAUCUGUAUCACAACGAUGCUGUGAAACAGAUUAAACAUAUUUUGCUUGUAGGUAAAAUGCAAUGCUUGCAUUAUUAAUGUUGUAGCUGACAUACUCUUAAUCUACAUUAUGCAUGGUUUUCUAGUUCUUUUAGCUAUGAGGGGAUAGUUUGUGGGGAUCGUUGGUUGUAACAAUUUUGCAUUUCAUAUUUUUCUAAUUGGGGUAAAUGUUCAUGUAUAAUAUAUGUGCAGCUGUAUGCAUACAUGCUGAUGAGCAAUAAAAUGUGUCACUGACAAAGUAAA